GCAUACCUGAUCUUGCUGUUCUAAUAACUACUACUUCUUCUUCUUUAGCUGCGUCUCACCGACUGUCCACCGUGCCUACGUGGUGAUCCUACACUGAGCCGAGACUCACCUGCACACCACCUCUUUCAUGACCACGCCAGGGCGACAUUCUACAGCAUUGACAAUAUUUACGAUACACCAUGACAUCUCCCAGCCAAACCCAGUCGUCUGCUCCCGCAACACAACCCCUGACACCGCCCGCGGAACAGCAACAGCAGCAGUCGGGGGCGGCGGCGGUGGCCAACAAUGUCACCUCCUCGCAACUUAACGCGGGCGGCAACACCCCCGCGACGGCCAACAAUGCGUCUAGUUUGAAUGCUACGUCAACCUUGCCUACAGCCCAACCACCACAAGUGCCUGCGACGUCGCUGGGUGAUAGCGGCAAGUCACGGCGACCACGCGACGUGCGGCUCAUCCACAUGCUUUUGGCCUCGCUCGGGGUGACAGCGUAUCAGGAGCGGGUUCCCGUGCAGCUUCUCGACUUUGCCUACCGGUACACAUCCGGGGUGCUGCAGGAUGCAGUCCAUCUCGCGACGGAAGGGUAUGCGGGCGCCGUGGGCACCACGGAUGGUGCAGGGGCGGGCGGGGGCGGGCGUGGCCCCGUGGAGGUCAACUCGGUGUCUCUUCCUGCGCUGAGGCUAAGCAUUGCCUCGCGGUUACACUACCAGUUUCAAACGGGGGUGCCGAAGGAGUUCCUGAUGGACGUGGCGGCGGAACGCAACCGGAUCGCGCUGCCGGGGGCGUCGCGUGGGUUCGACAACGGGGCUGCUGCGGGGGCUGCUGGCGCGGGGGGCAAGGCGCCCACACCCUCGGUGAUGAUGGGGGGGAUGAGAUUGCCGCCGGAACGGUUCUGUCUGACGGGGACGGGAUGGAAUAUGAAAGAUGAAUGGGACAGUGAAGGCGAGGAGGAAGAGGUUCCACUCCAGCAGGGAACGACGAUGGCGACAGCACCGGGCGGAGACCUCGCGGCGGCGACGACGACGGCGACCAUGGGAGCCGCCGAGGAGGCAGACGAAGAAGCAGAAGACGACGACGACGGUGACGGCCGGAUGGAGGACAUCUUCGGAGACGACACGGCGAUGGGCGAGGGUGACGGCGAUGGAGAUAAGACGAUGACGGAUGUUUGAAUCUUGUCUCCAUAUACAUCUAUACUAAUACACUAGCGGUACGGCACGCUGGGUCUCAUUCAAAACCUACUGCAGGGGACAGGAGUUUGCGGAGUUAGGACGGGGCUUUCUCGUACUGGAGAUCAUGACUGUAUCAAAAAAUGCUACUAUACAUACUAUACAUGCAAUAUGCCACAAAAAAGAAAAGAAAAAGAGAAAGAAUCCCAGGCUUCUGAGACGCCGGAGAGAGAGAGAGAGAGGAGUAUGCGCCGUCCGAGCAUGCAAUGGGUGUAGCUUGUCGGGGGGG